UAUUCAACGAAAAUUCAUGGACUCCUCCGGCUAUUCAACUCCGCCUUCCCGCCGCUCCGACCCUCGCCUCCGCCCCACAUCCUCCUCCCGCCUCUCCCACUCCAUCGAUCCCUCAUCCCCAAUCAAUUCCUCACUCCAAGACCUCCUCCUCCUCUCCCCACCACCCUCCUCUUUCCGCCAUCCCAAACUCCUCCCGGAACCCAUCCCCGACGUCAUUCACCGCAAGAAGAGCAAGAGCUCCAACCAGCUCCUCCCCACGACCUGCGCAUCCCCGCGCAGCGCUCGCCGUGCGCGCAGGCGGCUGGAGAAGGAGAUCAUCAGGGAUGACAGGGAUUUUGGUUGCGGCAUCGAUGAUGAUGUUGCUAAGCCGAGGAAGCCCAGGCAGAGUACCAAGCCCAAAGUCUCCCGCAAGGAGAGGAUGAUCCUUUUCUCUCCCCCUCCUAUUCCUCCUUCUCCUCCUCCUCCUCCUCCUCCUCCUCCUAUCAGUGCUCCAGUGCCCAGGAUUGUUGAUGAGGAUUGCUGCAGCAGCGUUGAUGGUUUGCUGGAAAUGAUUUUGGAGCUGAUAAUGUGGAAGAAUGUUGCCAAAUCCUCAUUUUGGUUUGGUUUCGGAUUAGUGCUUUUUCUGUCUUUUUGGUUUUCCAGGGAUGUCAACUUCAGCUUUAUCACCGCCGUUUCUCAUCUGUGUAUCUUGGUCUUGGCCAUUGCCUUCUUCGUUGACUCUAUCUCCCGAAGCAUGCAGAAGAAGUGGAGAGGGGAAUUCAAGCUGACAGAAGAUGAUGUUCUUCGUGUUUCUCGAGUAGUUUUACCACUUGCUAAUGCUGCACUGGUGAAGGCCCAAGGAGUUUUCUCUGGAGAGCCAUUGAUGACUCUCAAAGUAGCACCUGUUCUUAUUUUCGGAGCUAAAUUCGGCCAUCUGAUAACACCAUGGAGGCUUUCUGCGACUGGAUUUUUCCUGCUUUUUACUGCUCCGAAACUCUUCUCUUGUUACUCCCAGCAGAUACAUAAAAAAGCUGAAAAUAUAAGGAACUAUAUCUGUGAAGCAUGGAGGGCUUGCCAGCACAAGAAAUUUGCAGGGUGAUCAGCAGCUAUUUUACUAUGGAAUCUGCUCAGUAUUAAGGCGCGCAUCUUUGCAGCAUUCAUCUCCAUUGUCAUGCUUCGUUAUCACCAUCAACAACUACUCGUUGGAGAAGAUAAUGACAAAAAGGAAAUGCAGGAAGGAGAGCAACAACAAGCACUA